UUACUAGAAGAAUGAUCAAGGUUCAUAGACUACAUGGAGACAGCAGGAAAAGCUUUUGAAGAGGAGGAAACAGAUAUUGAUGACAGAUAUGGAGAUUUGGAUUCCAGAGCAGAUUCUGAUAUUCCAGAAAUUCCACCAUCCUCAGAUAGAACCCCUGAGAUCCUCAAGAAAGCUCUCUCCGGUUUAUCUUCAAGGUGGAAAAACUGGUGGAUUCGUGGAAUUCUUACUCUAACGAUGAUUUCCUUGUUUUUCCUGAUCAUCUAUAUGGGAUCUUUUAUGCUGAUGCUUCUUGUUCUAGGCAUCCAAGUGAAAUGCUUCCAUGAAAUUAUCACUAUAGGUUACAGAGUCUAUCGUUCCUACGAGCUGCCAUGGUUUAGAACACUCAGCUGGUACUUCCUACUCUGUGUAAACUACUUUUUCUAUGGAGAGACUGUAGCUGAUUAUUUUGCUACAUUUGUUCAAAGAGAAGAGCAACUUCAGUUCCUCAUUCGCUACCAUAGAUUUAUAUCAUUUGCCCUCUAUCUGGCAGGUUUCUGCAUGUUUGUGCUGAGCUUGGUGAAGAAACAUUAUCGACUGCAGUUUUACAUGUUCGCAUGGACUCAUGUCACUUUACUGAUAACAGUUACUCAGUCACAUCUUGUCAUCCAAAAUCUGUUUGAAGGCAUGAUAUGGUUCCUUGUUCCAAUAUCAAGUGUUAUCUGCAAUGACAUAACUGCUUACCUUUUUGGAUUUUUUUUUGGGAGAACUCCAUUAAUUAAGCUAUCUCCUAAAAAGACUUGGGAAGGAUUUAUUGGCGGUUUCUUUUCCACAGUCGUGUUUGGAUUCAUUGCUGCCUACGUGUUAUCCAAGUACCAGUACUUUGUCUGUCCGGUGGAAUACAGAAGCGAUGUAAACUCCUUCGUUACAGAAUGUGAACCCUCGGAACUUUUCCAGCUUCAGAGUUAUUCACUUCCUCCCUUUCUGAAGGCGGUGCUGAGACGGGAAAGAGUGAGCUUGUACCCUUUCCAGAUCCACAGCGUUGCUCUGUCAACAUUUGCAUCUUUGAUUGGCCCCUUUGGAGGCUUCUUUGCCAGCGGAUUCAAAAGAGCUUUCAAAAUCAAGGAUUUUGCAAACACCAUUCCUGGACAUGGCGGGAUAAUGGACAGAUUUGAUUGUCAGUACUUGAUGGCAACGUUUGUGCAUGUCUACAUCACAAGUUUUAUAAGGGGCCCGAAUCCCAGCAAAGUGCUGCAGCAGUUGUUGGUGCUUCAACCAGAACAGCAGUUAAAUAUAUACAAAACCCUGAAGAUGCACCUCAUUGAGAAAGGGAUCCUGCAGCCCACCUUGAAGGUAUAACCGGACCCAGAGAGGGAAAGACUCAAUCGACAAUAAGGAAUUCUACAGAAAAGCACUGACAGAUGAAAUUUUGUAAAUGUACAGAAAAAUGGUUGAAAAUGCACUAGAGUGAAGAUUUACAGACACGAAUGUUUCUUCUCUGAACUACUGUGAAUAUUUAACACACACUGACUUGAUCUAAGUUAUGAAAUAAGUAGCAAAUCAUCAUCAGAGUAUUCUGUACUUUUUUCUAAAGUGUAUUUUCUGAUGUUAACUUCCUUUCCCUUACUUGCCAUUUUCAUAAUUUAAAAGACUGUUUUAAAGAGUCAAAUACUAUCAAAUGAGUCAAUUGAGGAUGUCUUAAGAUUGCACCUGAAAGUGUGCCCUUUGCACAAAUAUUUACUUUUGCACUUGGAGCUGCUCUCGGUUUUAGCAGAAUGUUCUCUGGGAGGCACAAUAGGAAGUUCGUUCUCCUGCACUUCCUCCUCUUUUAGUUUGAAGUAUUUUCUGAGGACUGAGUUGGAUCCAAAACAAAAGGAAAGUAAGUAAUCAUUUGCCAGGGGAAAACAUUCCUCUUUUAGGUAGGUUUGAGAUUCAAGAGAGGGAGGCCGAAAUUUCUAUCUUUAUUGGCUGACAUCAGACUCUACUUCUGAUAAAGUUGUUUGGAAAAACCUGACGUCGCAAAAGCUUUUGAAGAGAAACAAAGGGGAGUUCUGCUCUGAAGAACGUGUGCAGCCUCCACAGAUGACAAGAGCUCAGGAGACUGCGUAAGACAGAGACACGUGGCACAGGCCACUUUGGGUCGAGUUAGUUCUCUGCUUUUCCUCGUUUCCCUGUGAACUGGUUUCUUUAAGUUCAAUAGCCAUGAGCACAAAAGAUGAAUACGCAGGGGUAGAGAGCAGGGGUGGUGGCUGAAGCAGAGAGGGGGUGCCCCGCUGAGCGAGAGUGACCCGUCUGUGGACAAGGUUCUGUGUCCCGGGCGUCCCUACCCGUCUCCUUCCUGUGCAGCUGGAGACACUCCACUGGCAGGAAGCUUGGAGAUCUGCCUGGAGGCCCAGACCCUGACUGACUUCAUGGGAGCAGCUCAUCUCUGUCCCUUUCCUUUUUCACAUCAUGUCAUAAAACCCAAGGACAUCAGCUGAUGAUAUUUUUCUUCCAAGAAUGAAAAUCAAGCAGGAGUGAUUCCCACCGAGAACAAAAAGCACACAAAUGUCAAACCUUCCUCUGAUGGACAGGAGACGAGGACAAGUUUCUUACCAGUGAAUGCAAAUAAGCUCAUGUUGCUGUGUGCUCUUUAUAACCAUACUUAUUGUAUCGAAGAGGCAGCAGUAAACCUUUGAAAAUUGCCUAUUGCUCCUUGGCUAAAUGUUCAGAGAGGAGAAAUAGAUAUAUUUUAAAGAAUGUUUUACUAAUGAAAAGAGGAAAUAUUUUUGUUUAAAUCAAAAAUAAAUUUCAAUCAUUUUAUAUUCCUGUUCUACUACUAUACCUACAAUCAAAGAGUGUGGAUAUGCAUGGGUCCCAGUACAGAUAUUCCUAGGAUGGCAUUUAAUGGGCAGCUUUAUCAAGUGCACUGCACGGUAGUGGGUGUAGCUGAACUCAGUACCAAGAUUUCUCAGUUUGGCAUUCAGUUGGUUCACAACUGGAUGUAUUCAGUCAGCAUUAUUUCACCCUAUUCCAUAAAAACCUAGAAUUGGCAUUGGAAAUGUUAUAAGACAAAAUGAUCCCUUAUAAAAUCAGGCUACCUACCAGUUAAUUUUCAGCAUCUCUCAUUAUUUGCCUCACAAAAGCUCCAAAUGUUGAUCAUACAGGAAUGUAGCAUAUCAAAGUUGAAAAGUCAAAUAAAAAUUUUGUAAUAGGAACUUAGUUGACGAAGAUUUGCACAAUAAAAACUCCUUGGAGAUACACAGUUCCCUUGCAUUUUCUAUAAGGUGACUGGUGAGGCACUGCAAUGCAGAGUUAUAGGAGAGCAUCACCGAAUACCUGUAUUGUAAAAUCAAUAUUAUAAUAAAAUAUUAAUCUAGAAAUAUUUGUGUCACAAUAAUAACUUUCCUCAAAUAUACUUUGAGUUGGGUGUACACUAUUCUAUAUGUAAAAAGUAAAUUGUUUUAACAGAGCGCUAAAGUACUUUUUUGUACUUUUAGAGCAUGUAUAUUAAAAUACAAGAUAUUUUAUCAGAUGAUAGCCAUAAAACCCUGACUUUGAUCAUUUUUGUAUUUGCACUAUGAAGAGGACUUAAAUUCUAGUAUAGCUACGUGAUGGCAGAAAGAUGAAAGACUAGGAACUUCCUUCAUGGUAAUGGUUCAUUUUUUCAAAUUGGCUAGUUUUGGAGGUGCUCUAAGGGUACCAAUUGGUUGACUUUUUAACCUGUGGGAUGCAAAUGUUCCCUCCGUGUUUUUCCCUUGUGGUGGUACAUAUACAUUUACUGUCUGAAAAGCAAAGACCACACCCACCCACCCGCCUUUUUUUGUUUUUUGUUUACAGUAUAACUUUGUACCUUGGUUUGAGCAAAGAUGGUAUCACUUUAUUCAGUGAAAAAGUAGAAGCAGUGUACAUAUACUGUAUGUGGGCAGGAGAUAGCUCAUGAUAUGUGUCCAUCAGUUCUCUGAAUCUUUUACUGAAACAUAGGAAAAUAAAACAGAUAAAUCACA